AUGGCGAGAGUCUUGAGUGCGGUGCGGUUUGGGGCGCGGGCCCUGAUGACCAGAUUAAUUGUCGGAAAGCGGCUUGACUGGAACAGGAAAAGAAAGAUGCCCAAAGGAUGUGAUCACUUCAAAGCCCAAGACGGUCUGCAUUACCUCGUCGAGCAGAUGUCGAAUCUCGAAGAAUUCGAGUGGUCUUGCUGUACGCUCACACCCUGAAAAGACGGCCUGGGGUUUUUGGAUCACGGCAAAGCUUCAAAUUGCUUGCGGUCCUCUGACGAGGAUCUUGCGGAAGGUGAGUCGACGUGGCAGCGCUUGGACAGUGUUGAAAGCGAGGUGCCUGACAUGAACACGACUUUCGUCUUGUUUUUCCGCUCGCUCGCUUGCGGCGCUUUACCAUUCACCGCCCAUCCUCUUUCACGUGUCCAAGACCCGAUGAUCUCACCUUGGUGGCAUGCAGCUGUAGCUCCAGGCUUGCUUGCAAGUGCUCGGUCUAGAGAGCCAAUUUCGACCUGGAGCUGAUCACUCGAGAAGUUGACGCGGGCUUCAAGCGGAGGAGGCGCAGAGCGCAAGCUCCGUUCUUGGCGUCACGAUGCUUUCCAUUCUCCCUCUCAAACGGACCAAUGCACGCGCAAAAGACGAAAAAGGGAUGAGAACAAGGGGGGGUCAAGUAUUUUCGCGCAGUAUUCAAGGCCAGAUAAGGACGAUUCUGAGGCCGCUGUAAAGAUGGGGACUCGGUCAGUCGACUCGAGAUCUGCAGCGCAACGGCGACGCACGCGACGCGUUUCUAUCAGUCGGGCUCCCGUGAAGGAGUUGCGCUCGCUUCUCGACUUGGUGUCAUCGGCACGAGUGCCAUGGAUGCCCGCGGACCCGGCAUCCAUGACGCACGGCACGAAUGCGUAGAGUGUCUGAAAGAUUUGCGCAUCGUGCUGCUUAUUGCCUGCGUCGAAGACAUUGCUGUUUCGUUGGACGAGAGCCAGCUAAGGCCUACCGAGCAGGAGAUCAGCACGGGCAGCUUCAAAGCGUACAAAUAUUUGUGCAAAGAAGCUCUGCUCGUUUCAACUCUCAACGGACGAUGGGGCUUGUACACGCCAGAAGACCUGGCUCCGGCUCCCAAUAGAGUCGGGUGGGAUGUCGAGCUGAACGAGGGCCGACAGAGAAAGGGAGAAGAUCUGGCCGAACGCUUACGUGCGAGUACUGCCUACCGCCUUUCAAGCAAUGCCUAGCCAACGCCAACGACCGACGCUUCAGCGGCGCAAUGCGGUGCGCGGAUUGCUCUGCUACCGUCGAGACCAUCGCUGAGAGCCAAGGCACACUUGAAGACAGGCGUUUUGGCAGCAACCUGCGCUCAUGCUGAUGUCGAAAGAUGUUUCCAUUGCAUAGCUGUGCGAUAUGGGACCCGUGUACGUCGAGUCCAAUCUCGAUCAGGAUCGCAAGGCGCGGAAAUUGCGCUCGCAGGCCAUACCAUGGAACGUCAUCUUUUGCAUCGUGGAGAAGAGCGAAGCCGAAUUGGGCCAAGCAAUACAGCUGGCAACUCAUCCGAUCCGAAUUUCUUGUCGAGCGGUGCGGUGCGUAGAUCGGGGGAAAACAUUGAAUUGCCUUGGGGGUGCCCUCGCCAG